AUGGCGCGACUUUUGCUGGUCCCGCUGCUACUCGCGGCGCUCGCCGCUGUCCCGGGCGCGCAUUCAGCCGCCGUGUUCCCGCAGCCGCGCGACGUCGCCGUGCCGGGCACGCUCGAAACCACCGACGGCAUCGACAGCACCGAUGGCACCGCCGCCGCGUCGUAUACAUCGUCCUAUUGGAACGACGGCACGGCCACGGUCAAGUACACCAACGGCCCCAACGGCCAGUACUCCGUCACCUGGUCCGGCGACAAGGGCAACUUUGUCGCCGGCAAGGGCUGGAACGGCGCGCCGCCGGCCGCGGUCAACUACUCGGGCACCUUUGAACCCAAGGGCAACGCUUACCUGUCCAUGUACGGCUGGACCACGAACCCGCUCGUCGAGUACUACAUUGUCGAGUCGUACGGCACGCACAAGCCCUGCUCGUCGCCCAGCGACGAGGCCACGCAAAAGGGCAACGUCACCGUCGACGGCUCGACGUACGAGAUUUGGACCAAGAUCCGGCGCAACAAGCCGUCCAUCCAGGGCACGGCCACGUUCCCGCAGUUCUUUUCGAUCCGCACGGACCGGCGCGUCGGUGGCACGGUGCACACGGACGCGCACUUCAAGGCGUUUGCCGCGGGCGGUCUCAAGAUGGGGACGCAAAAGUACAUGAUUGUGGCGACGGAGGGCCAGGACAGCAGCGGCACGGCAUCGAUUGACGUGGGCGUCGCGCCGGCGGCGGCGGCGUGA